CAGGCAACGACUGUGCUGGCGUCGCUGGCAUCCUGCAUGCCAAUGCUUUGAGGUCACCCUCGAAUGCGGGAAGCCUGUUGCCGCAGAGGCAGCUACAGCUGGAGAGCCUCUGGGAGAAGGGACCCGAGGGGCGGCUACUUUCCCGCUGCGCCUCUUCCUCUGCGUAGCUUGUCCGGGCACCCGAUGCUGCUGCUUCCGCUCCUGCCCUUCGUUUGGGCCCCCGCGCUGGCCCGUCUCUGGGAGGAUGACAGAUGCAAUCAAACAGAAUGGCAAAAACCUUCAGGUGGAGAAGGGGUAUCAGAUGAGAAAGGACACCCAUUGAAUGUGACUGUCAACAACUGGGGUUAUUCAAAUGCCCUCUUCCUAACCUGGGAGUAUUUCUUGGGAGGUGCCCAGGGCUUCUCAUUAGCUCUUUAUGACUUGGACACAAAUACUCUGCUACAGAAUGGAUCAACUGCACUCAAUACCACCAGCUUCAGCUUUCAGGGUUUGCUUCCUGGGACACAAUAUAUUAUUGAAAUCACUGCAUUGCUCGCAUGUGCACAUAAUUCCAGUACGAGAAUCACUGGGCAGACAGUACCAUUACCUGUGCGGGAUGUUACCUUGAGUCACGAAAGCCCCUCAGUGUUAUUGGCCUCCUGGAGUGAACCCCCAGGUGGGAAAGAUGGGUACCAGUUGGUCCUCUACCACAUAGACUCACAGGCUCCUGUCAAGAAUGCAACCAUUGCUGGAGGCACCACCACUUUCCGCUUUGAAAAGCUUUUGCCAGGCAGUGAAUAUGCCCUCCGUAUCACCACAUGGGCUGGAUAUUACAAAGCAAGCACCAGUGCACGAGACUGGACAGCCCCCGCUGCUCCCAAGACAUUGACGUUCCAGAACAACAAUUCCAGCUCCAGUUUGAUUGCCUCAUGGACUAACUCAGAGGGAGCAGAAUGGCUGUAUUUCACUCUCCAGAACCUGCAUACCCCUGCUGACAGCAGGACAGUGUCACUUCGGAGAGGCCUAACUAACUACACCUUCCAGCACUUAGAGCCAGGAACACCCUAUCACCUGGAUGUUAAGGCUGUGUCUGGGCCUUACCUGGUUAAGGGUCCCAAUAUAACUGCUUAUACAUACCCCCUAAAACCAGCCAAUGUAAAUUUGAUCAACUAUGACAGCAGUAGCACUUUGAAAGCUUCAUGGAACUCAGCAGCUGGUGAAAGAGAAUACUAUUUGGUGAUUCUGCAGAAAGGAGACAGCAGCAUUAUAGUCAGAAACAUAUCAGCGGGGGGGAACAGCACAUAUGUCAUCUUUCAGGAUCUGGCCCCUGGAAGCCACUAUACUGCCUGGGUUACAGCUGUUGCUGGGCCCCAUAAAGCAACUGCAAAAAGCAUCUCUGCCUGGACUUAUCCCACAGCCCCAUCUAGUGGGAAUCUGUUGAAUCAGGGCAGUGCCUACACGCUUCAGGCUCAUUGGCAAGAGGCAGCUGGGACUGGUUAUGUGACAACAUUAUAUACUAUGGAGCCCCUCAUUGUGUCGCAAAACAGUUCGUUACCUAAGCAGUCUUCCAGCCAACUUUAUGAAGGAUUAAGACCAGGCACUCGAUAUGCCUUGGAGAUCUGCACUGUUGCAGGCCCCCACACUUCUCUACCCCUCCAUCUCAGCAACUGGACACAUCCUUUGCCUCCGGACCACCUAAAACUCAACAAUGAUGGUCACAGAAUGAGGUCACUCCAUGCUUCUUGGCAGAAUUCUUCCAAAAGCGGAGGCUUCUAUGUAGGAGCUCUCCUGGAAACCAAAUCUCAGUUAGUGAUAAAAAAUGUGACCCUGGCAGAGGCUAAUAUCACCUUUGAAAUGCUAAUCCCAGGACGUCAGUACACUCUGAAGUUGGCAAGAGUGGCUGGACCAUUUCAGUCUCAUGUUCAGAUUGUUAGUGACUGGACCUACCCUUUGGUUCCAUCAGGAGUGAUGCUGGCCAGUAGCAGGUGGUCCAGCAGUCUUGUUGCUUCUUGGGACCGACCUCUAGGUGACAGAGACCAGUUCUUCCUGCGAUUCUACAGUCUGGAGCAACCUUUGCAGAGGAACAUCACAAUUGGGCCAAGCAUGCUAAAUUUUACCUUUGAGGGUCUUCAACCUGGCAGUCAAUACUUAUUGGAGGUUACAGCAAUGGCAGGACCAUACAGAGCUUCAGCUCAGGUGGUUUCUGCAUGGACAUAUCCUCUAUCUCUGGCAAAUGUGAGUGUGAAAUGCAGCCAGAACCCCCAGCAACUGAUUGUGAGCUGGAUGGAAUCAGGAAGAGGACGAGGAUAUUGGGUACAGCUCUAUUCAGAAGAAUCCUUGUCCAUUAUCCAGAAUGUGUCUGUACCACAUGGAACUACACAGGUGACUUUGGAUAACCUGGUGCCAGGAACUCGGUAUCGUGUUGAGAUUGUCUCCAGAGCUGGACCUCACUACGUUUCUUCACAAACAGCCAUUGGCUAUACAGUACCCUUGUUGCCACUGUCUCUGAAAGUGAUCAGUCACAGUUCUUCAGUGUUAUCUGUGCAAUGGAAGGCCCCAGCUGGGCAGAGAGAUGGUUAUAUGGUUUCCGUAUCUAAAGAGGGAUCUACAGAUACUAGAAGUCACAUGUUUGUGGAGAAAACCAGCACCAAUAUCACAAUUGUAGGGCUAACCCCUGGUACCUGCUACCUGAUUGCAGUGUGGUCACUGGCUGGACCGUACAGCUCUGCUUCUCGGAACAGCUCAGCUUGUACAGCACCUGCUGCUCCUAUGAACCUGACUCUGAAAAAUAUGGACAAUUCAUCUGUGCUAUACACAGCUUGGGUUGAGCCCCCAGGAGGACGGGACCACUAUCGGAUGAUCCUGUAUAGCCUGGAUCCUCCAGGCAUGAAGAGAGUUCGUGUCAUUGGCCCAGGUGUCCAGAAUUUCCUCUGGACAGGUUUGCCAGCUGGAAGCCAUUUUGCUGUGCAGGUUAUUUCAGUGAAAGGCCAUUCUGAGGCCUCUUCCACCAUUGCUGCUGAAUGGACAUCUCCCCUGCCAGCUGCCUCUGUGCAAAUCUGGAAUGAAGGACACCCAAACAGGCUGCAUGCGGCUUGGGCACCAGCCUCUGGUAGACUGGAUGGCUAUGAACUGAACCUAUACCACACAGGAUCUAGCACAUUAGCAACACAAGCAUAUCUAGGGAGCGAUGCCACUAAUUUUACCUUCUCAGAUCUGACACCUGGAAUCAAUUACUUACUUGAGAUUCUCUCAAAGGCUGGACCCUACAGGAUUUCAGCAGGGAAUUUCAGUGCUUGGACAAGUCCUCUACCUCCUCGCACGGUGCUUCUGUCAAACAAAGGGCACACUGACAAGCUGAGUGCUACCUGGGAACCUCCUGCAGGAGAUCAAAGUGGCUAUGUACUAACACUCUAUAAUGCUGCAUUGGGCACUGUAGUAGCCAAGGUAUCUGUAGAAAAGGACAUUACUAAUUUCACCUUUGGAAGCCUCAUCCCAGGAAGUAAAUACUUGCUGGAAGUUGCUUCCAUAGCAGGGCCGUAUCGGAUAUCAACAGGGAACAUCAGUGACUGGACAUACCCAUUUGUUCCCAGGAAACUCUCUGUAAAGGCCGAGAAGGGAAAUCCUGCACUGUCUGUGACCUGGGCAAAGCCAGUCAGCAAACCAGAGCGCUGCCAGCUGCAGCUGUGGCAUUCAGAAAACAGCACCAUGCUACAGCAUCACACCUUGACUCAGUGGCAAGUCCAGCACAUUUUUCAGGGACUAGUUCCAGGGAGAAAUUAUUCUGUAUCUCUCACCUGUGUUGCUGGGCCGUACAAGAACAGUUCUGAAACGAUAGUAGUGCCUAUAGAACCCAGUCAUGUGAAGGACCUGCAGUGUCUACCUGACACCACUAGUAUGUUUCUAAAUUGGACCAUCAUUGAGAAUGACAUUAAAUCCUAUGAGCUGACAGUGAAUACAUUUCCAAAGAGAGUCCUCCAACAAUCUCUACUUCCUUUGGUUGUUUCCCAAACUAAUGUUACUCUGAUAGAGCUAACUACAAAUACCUCCUAUCAAAUCCAAGUUAAUGCUGUUGGCAUGAAUGGCAUAAAGGGCCCAGCUGUGAUAAUAGUAUGCAACACAUCUGUGGAAGUUCUUCCACCUCCUGUGAGAAUUGACCUCCCACAGUUUGAUGCCAGUUCCAGAGUCAUAAUUUCUCCUGAUAUGUUCAGUGAAGAAAAUGGUCUCAUAGAGUAUUAUGGAAUUGUUGUCACCACCAAUGAGUCUUUACUGAGGCCUACCCAAGAGAUCAUUUCCCGCACGUGGUACGACCACUAUUAUGGGCAGGAAGACUCAUACUUGGCUGUGUUGCUGCCAAACCCAUUUCAUCUCAAUGAGAGCACCAGCCCCAAGGCUUGGCCAGUGUCUGUGGGUGCAGAAGAAUGCAGCCACUCCCGAGUAACUUGCAAUGGAAAGCUGAAAACAAAUACACAGUACAGGUUCAGCAUUGCUGCAUUCACCAGAUACAGCCAACAGACUCCAAAAGUGUCCUUCACAGUGUUCUCAGCAGCAGCUGCUUCAGCAGAUUCUGAAACUCUGUCUGCCCCAGUUGUGGCUGGAAUCAUUAUGGGAUUCCUUGUGACAGCCACAGCAAUUUCUGGAUGGGUUUAUUGGAAACAUCUAAGAACAAGAAGGGUAGAAAAGGGUAAUAUUCCUCAAGAAAUGGCCAUCUAUAGCCUGAGGAAUACCCAUCGUCCAAUCCCUCUGCAAAGUUUUAGACAAUAUUAUGAGACAAGGACAGCAAACUCAAAUAAUGGGUUCUUUCAGGAUUUUGAGGAGCUGAAGGAAGUUGGAAAGGAACAGCCCAAGACAGAAGCUGAAGUUCCAGCCAAUACCAUCAAGAAUCGAUACCCUCAUGUUCUACCAUAUGAUUAUUCUCGAGUGAAGCUGACCCUGCUGGAUGGACAACCUCAUUCUGAUUAUAUCAAUGCCAACUUUGUGCCAGGUUACAACUCCCCACAGGAGUUCAUUGCUACCCAGGGGCCUUUGAAAAAAACUCUGGAUGAUUUCUGGAGACUGGUCUGGGAGCAGAACAUCUGCACUAUUGUGAUGUUGACAGUGGGCAUGGAGAAUGGACGGGUAUUAUGUGAAUACUACUGGCCAACAGACACCUCUCCUGUCUCUUCUGGAGAAAUUAGCAUUCAUCUACUUGCUCAGAAUUUUGCUGAUGAGUGGACAACACGGGAAUUCAAACUGCAGCAUAAAGGACUAAAUAUGGAACGAAGAGUGAGUCACCUACACUACACAGCAUGGCCUAAUCAUGGUGUUCCUGAGUCUACCAUCUCUAUGAUUGCUUUCAUAGAGCUGGUACGAGCACACAUGCAGAGUGUAAAUGAAUGUGGACCUAUCCUGGUACAUGGUAGUGCAGGGGUGGGCCGCACAGGCACCUUCAUUGCCCUUGAUCGGCUCCUGCAGCAGCUAAAGCAUGAGAAUCUGGUGGAUAUCUUCGGUACCAUUUAUAGUCUUCGGAUGAACCGCCAUCGUAUGAUAGAGACCCUGGGACAGUACAUUUUCCUGCAUAGCUGCAUCCUAGAGAAGAUCUCCGAAGAUCCAAUUGUUGGCCUCUCAGAGAUCUCCCAUCCAGUCUCUCUCAAGAGUUUUGUGCAGCACCAUGCAAACAACUGUUCUCAGUCCAAUGCUGGCUUCCUAAAAGAAUAUGAGCAGAUGCUCUUGGAGGUUGCAAAAGAGGAAAUAAAUUCUGCCAUACCACCCUCUGUCAACCAGCAAAUCAACCUCAGCUCCAGCAAGAUUCCAUAUGAUCGCGCUAAAGUGAAAUUUUUACCACUGGAUCGAGAUCCAUUCUCAGAUCUUGCACAUGUCUGGUUUAUCCCUGGCUGCAAUUCAGCCAAGGACUAUAUUGCUAUAGAAGGACCUGACAAGCUGGCCCUGGAAGAGUUCUGGGGACUAGUCUGGGAACGUGGUGUCCACACUAUCAUCACUUUACUACCUGGGCAGACAAAUAGUCCGGCUCCCGAUAAGUCCUGCUGGCCAUCAGAGGGUGAACCCAUCUGCACAGAAAUGUUGACCAUACAGCAAGGGCCUGAAAAGAUUAUUUCAGGAUGGCCUUGUGUUCAGCUCAGACUAAAAUAUGAGAAAAAGGCCAAGGAAAGACUGAUACAACAGUUCCGAUUUCCUUUGGGGGAAGGAGAAGAGUUGCCUGAUCCUGAGAUCCUGGUGGGCUUUCUCACUGUUGUCAGACAACUAGUGCCAUACCGGAAGAGGACCAACCCUUUAGUCCUGCAUUGCAGUUCGGGAGGUGUGGGCCAGAUGGGGAUACUCAUUGCCCUGGAUACUCUGCUGCAGCAGCUGAAAGGGGAGAAAAAUGUGGAUGUAUAUGGCGUUGUUUUGAGGCUGGUGAGAAGCUGUUGUCUCAUGACUCCAUCGUUGGAUAAGUAUAUUUAUCUGUAUGAAUGCAUUCGUGAUGUCAUCACCCAGAAACACGUUUAGGCUCUGCCCUCUGCUCCUUGUUAGAUGGUGGAUAGGAUUUCAUUGUGCAGCAGAAGUGUGGACAUAGACUGAACUGAUGUUUUCCUGUGCUGAGAUGAGCAGCUACCCCAGGGAUCUGAUCUUAAUCUGUGCAGAAGGUGAAACAAUGAGUCUGUAAAAAUGCUGGCUGUGAUGUUCCACUCUUCCAGUUGCAGGAAGCUCAUUUCUGCUGACAGCAGACUUCUGUUCCUCAAGGCAGGGUUGUGCAUGCCAUAACAACGCAUCCUUCAUUCUGGAUGCACCAUUUACUGAGGAAAAAAUGCAAAAACCACCUCCUGAGCCUUCCCAGUUUUUGUUCAAUGUCCUUAAAACACAGUGAACCGUGUUGUUGGAUAUGGAUGUAGUUGAUGGGUUCAAAAUGCUCAUGAUGUCAUUAUAUAAAUCUACAGUACAUAAUACAUUUCAGUUAAUUUGGCUUUGUGACAAAAACAAAUAUAGCUGGAGAAGUUGCAAGAAAGGAUGAUGGACAAAAAGAUCCAGUGGUCCUCAUACUCCCUCUCUGCUACAUUUCUGACGUUGCAUAUUUGGACCUUUGUAGCAACAGAGAUCCCAAUUAUGACACUUAAGUCCAUGGAACUAUCAUACACAAUGGCACAGCCUGGGUGCAAGCAUUUUGGUUUUCUUUUGUUGACAUUUUCCUAUACAAACAGGCUGAGUAAAUAUCUUACUGGCAUGUUAACACUAGGAUGUUACCAAAUCAGUGGUGUGUCUUCUUUCCACAUUCACAACCAAAUUAAGCAGAAAGACAAUUUUCCAUAUAUAAAAUUAUUCAUAACUUUAAAAAAACAGCCUAAACA